AUGGGCCUCUCCAAGACCCAAAGAAUUGGAAUCUUGCUGGCCAUUGAUUCCGUUUUUUUCCUCAUCGAGCUGAUCGUCGGUUAUGCUGUACACUCGCUCGCUCUCGUCGCUGAUUCAUUUCACAUGCUCAACGAUGUACUGUCCCUUUGUGUCGGAUUGUGGGCUGUCCGUGUGGCCAACACUGGCAGUUCUAAAAUGUACACCUAUGGUUGGCAGCGAGCCGAAACUCUAGGAGCUUUGGUCAACGGUGUCUUUCUGGUUGCUCUGUGUCUGUCCAUCUUCCUUGAAGCCAUCCAACGAUUUGUAGAGCCACAAGUUGUUUCCAACCCCAAACUCGUUCUCAUUGUUGGUUGUAUGGGCCUCGCUUCCAACAUUCUCGGUCUCUUCCUUUUCCACGACCACGGACACAGCCACGGUGGAGCUGGAGGUGGACAUGGUCAAGGCGAUGGCAUAAAAUCUGCAGAGGAGGGUCACAGCCAUGUCCAUGCGGACGGAGAGUCACACGCCGUUGCAGACGAAGCCGGCAACAUCGAAGAUGUCCUCCCUCAAGUCCGUGUGGCAGGAUACAACGGUUCAGUGGGCAAGCGUUUCACCCGAUCAGAUGAGGAGAAUACCACUCUCUCCACACGUUCAUCCAAUACCACUCACCGCAAGUCGGUCAUCAGUAACAGUGAGAUCCACGGGCGGCAUAGACGCAGAGCGUCCGGUUCUUUUGGUCGUGGAUUUGGUUCUGUGGACAAUAUUCACAUUCAUCCUGCGUCGUUUCGUCAGGAUAUUAUCCAAGCUGCGCGUUUGGAAGAGGAGUCUGAAUCAGGCGAGGAAGAGGAAGGAGCAUUGCUGGAUGAAACCGAUUCCCCUAACGAGCGUUCAAAGAUCUUGACUGACGACCAUGUUUCUGAUACACCAAGCAAUAAACGCUUCUCGAAUUAUGGUAGCAUUGGUAAGAAACGAGCCAGUACAAAUUACGACCACAACGAUCACAACCACAGUCAAUCAAAAGACUCUCACAAUGGCCAUGGUCAUGGUGGCCAUGGCCACUCCCAUGGCGAUCUCAACAUGCGAGGUGUUUUCCUUCACGUCAUGGGUGAUGCCUUGGGCAAUAUCGGUGUCAUUGGAUCUGCGCUCAUAAUAUGGCUCACCACCUUUCCUGGUCGAUACUAUUUCGAUCCGGGUAUUUCUUUGGUCAUCACUGUCAUUAUUUUGUGCAGUGCCAUACCUUUAUGCAAAGCAGCAAGUCGAAUUCUUCUUCAAGCAGUUCCCGUGGGCAUGUCCAUCGAUGAAAUCACGGCUGAUAUAGAAUUAUUACCCCGUGUUAUCGAAGCUCAUCACCUCCACGUGUGGCAGCUGAGCGAUACCAAACUUGUUGCAAGUCUGCACGUCAAAGUCGACUGCGAGGUCGAAGGUUCCGGAUCAGCAAGCUACAUGCAUUUGGCUCGCGAAAUAAGGGGCUGCUUGCAUGCCUACGGAAUUCACAGCUCGACUAUUCAGCCGGAAUUUUGCAGCCCAGAUGGCCCAGAUUCUCCAUCCGGUUCAACCACAGUCGCUAAUGGCGCAAGCAACGGUGACAUCAGCCCCAAGAAUGCUGCAAAUGGUAGCAAAGCGGGUAGUCUGAGAAGUGAAGGGCCGACGUGUUUGUUAGAAUGCGGCGAUAACUGCGCCGACAGUUCUCAGUGUUGCCCAACUGACUUGAAACCUCCCAAGAAGUAA